CCAGACAGGUCAGGAUGGUGAUGAUGGAAGCCUUUAAAUCAGGGUUGGGUCCAGACCCAGGAGGGCUGCUAUAGGCAACAGCCUGAUCUGAGGCGCCAUACUGUGACACACAGUGAAUCUGGGUAAAGCAUUAGCUUUUUUAAAUGACCUUAUUUCGACUUUGGUUGGAAUGUCAUAGUUGCCUGUUGUCAAUAUUUGCUCUUUCAAUAAAGUUACCUGAAAAAAAUGGUCCGUGCCCUGACUUGUUACCAUAGUGAUAGCGUAAACUUGCAAACUGUCACUGAUAUGUUUUAGAAAACAGCCAGUUUCUUUUUCAGGAUAUAUUUUCGUUUACCCACAGUGCGAGGAACUGUUGCACAGAGAACUGACGAUGGCUUUAUCCCAGAUUCAGAGUCUCAGAGUGGCAGCUGUACUGGGGGAUUGUUUAGACCAGUUGGACAUACUGGGACAUACUCUGAUGGUGCAGAUCGGCAGGGAGCGAGGCACUGUAGAGGCACCGGAGAGAGUCAGGCUGGCCAAGCUGAGAAGAGACUGUCAGUACAUCUGGCAGCAGGUUUCCACCCUACAUUUGGAGCUGGAAGGAGAAGCAGAGUUUCAGCUCUUUGCUGCAGGUGGUGGAGGAAGAGGAGCAGAGGAAGAAGGCUGAGAACGUGCAAAGAGAAGCAAAGAGAGAGGUGAAGCAGAGAAAACAAGCUCUACAGAUACAACAAGGGGAGAUCGAACAGAAAAAUGAAGAACUGAAGGAGUUGUCCUGGGUCAGCAAAGACCUGAGGUAUCAGCUGAAUGAGCAGGCAUCAAUGAUUGUCAACCAGAGGAUGAUUGCAGAGAAAUGCAUUGAGCUCAAGUUCCAACAGAUACAAAGAGAGACCAUCCAGGCUGAGAAGCUGCUGGAGGAUCAGCUGGAGCUGCUGCAGAAACAACUGAAAGAUGAGGCGAGAGUUCAUGAGGAGUCAAAGAAAUUCCUGCAAAAUCAGCAUGAGGGGUUGCAGCUGCAGCUGCAGCAGUGGCAGGAGCACACACAGCAGAUGCUGCAGGAGAAGGAGCAGCAGCUCAACCAUGUGCACUGCAAAAGAACAGUGAACUUGGAGAAACUGUCAGAGAUGAGGAGGAAGUUCAAGCAGAUGGAGCAGGUGGCGAUGGAGGAUAGGGAGGAGCAGGAGAAACUGCGCCAACAGCAGGCAGAAGCCAGAGCUGCUACCAAGCUGCAGGCCUGGUGGAGAGGCUGCAUGGUCCGCAGAGGCCUCGGCAGUUUUAAAAAAGCAGAGGAAGACAAGAAAGGCAAGAAGAAGAAAGACGGAAAGAAGAAGAAGAAAAAAUGACUUUCUCCAACACUGCUUCUCGACAUUGAAAUAUAUGAUUUAAUCACAAUAAACAGUAACGCAAUUCCUGA